CCCGACAUCGGCCCGUUCUGCCGCCACACGUCCGAGAGGUGCUUGUGUUACAGUCUCUGCCUUCUUCCUCAUUGUAGGUCACCUGGUCUUAUUCCCUCCAUUUUGGAAGAAAAAAGGGCUUCCGGGGAUAUUUUGCCCUACAAAAAAUAAUUAUGUUAUCUCCCUAAUUCCCAAUUAUUAUGCACAGGCUUAUUUAAGAAAAAAAGGAUGAGAUUUUCUCUCCUUUUUUUGUGGCUGCAGAGUGAAAUUUGAACGUGACACUCCUCUCCUCUGCUACAGUGAGGGGCCCUACACUUGGAUGAACUGGGGGAGGAGAGAGCACCGCGAGGCUGUCAUGUAAGCCGUCUCCUCUGGGGCCACCUCUCGGCGUGCGCCGCUUCCUGCCUCAGGUAGAAGCCUCAGUGUUUCUGCUGCUCAGGCGACAGGCUGCUCCGUCUCCCCUCUCUCUCUCUGCUCCUGCCUGCUGAGAAAGCAACACACCCCCCUCUCGAAGCAGUGAAAUGGAGAAGAGCUGCUCGGAGUGCACGGAGCCGACGCUCGCUCAGAGCCUCUGUACGCUCUGCAACAAGUGGCUGUGUUACCAGUGCACAGAUGUGCACCAGCAUCAGAGAGCUGCCACCGCCUCUCAGUACACAGACGCGCACCAACCGCAGAGGCCCAAUGCCAGCCAGUGUCCCGACCUGCACCAGAGGGGCUCCAGCUCCCUGCCUCCUACUGGACAAGGCCCAGGGUCGUAUCCUUGCUCCCUCCUCAUGUGCCACUCUCACAGACAGGAGCCCUUGGAGCUUUUUUGUGAGUCAUGUGACCUUCUGUGCUGUAGCAGCUGUCACCUGUCCUCCCACAAAAACCACAGGGUGGUGCAGAUCGGGAAGGCUCUGCAGGAUCAGCAGUGGCUGUUUGAGAGCCUGAUGGUCCAGGUGGAGGAGAGAAGGUCUGCCGUGGAAAGCAACGCCAAACAAACAGAAGACAGACUUCACGGAGUAAAGAUUGCGCACAGGAAGGCAGAGAACCAGAUUAAAAUGGCAAAGAUGAUUAUGAUAAACGAGCUUAACAAACGAGCCAACCUAUUAAUAGAGCAACUGGAGAAAAUUUCAGAGGGCUUCCAGCAGCGUCUGGAGGACCAGCUGCAAGGGGCGAUCGAGCUCUGCGGCCAGCUGGACCACAUUCAGAAGUUCAUCACCUGGGCCACGACCCAUCACUGCAGAGGCCCGGUGCUCUUCAGCAGGGCUCUGAUUUCCCUUCAGAUGCAACAGCUGCUCGAGGCUCCGCUCCACUCCGACUCCUGGAGUCCCGUAAAGAUCAAAUUCAACUGGGAUGCAAGUUACUGGACAAAGCAAAUGUCUUCUUUAGGCCAGCUGACCGUUGAAGGGGGAAACUGCACCUAUCCUCCAGGACUGGCUUGCUCCAGUAUCAUGAGGCCGCAGCCCAUCACCUGCUUGGCCACGCCGCCUGUGUUCCACAGAGGGCGAGAGUCGGGCUGUGGCUACCAGGCCUGCUGCGAACCCCAGAUGUGUUGCCUGCAUGGCAUUCCCACUCAGCAAGACCUGCCCAGUCUGGACAAAAGCCAGCUGGAGGCCUCGCUUUACAACUCCGGCUGCACUCAGCCUGCUCUCAUUCCCGCCUCUCUGCAUCAGAGUCAGCAGCUCCAGAGGUGCUGGGACAUGGACGGCGCCUUGCAGUGUCCUCCCCCUACGUCACCCGCCCCGAUCGUAGGACCCAUCCAGCUGAGCUGCGGCCGAGCAUCUGCAUCCCAGCCGCCGGCUCCCGACCCACAACCCCACUCUCAGUCUAAACCCUAUCUCUCUUAUCACCAACACCAAAGAGAGGAUGUUCCUGAGAGCCAGACCCAGCUCGGCGCGGACCGCGGCAGGCCCAGCCAGAGUCGGGAGAAGCUGUCGGCCGGCAAGGAGCUCGGCCACGCCGCUGCGGAGGGAGACGUGGAGUCUGAAGAGAGCUGGGGCCAACGGCACAGAGGGGAUGAGACCUGUGAACAAUCAACAGUGGAUGAGGUUGUUCAACCACAACCACAACAACAACUGCAGGUUUCAGUCGCAGCAGAGCAGGGGAAAGAGCAACAGAGGACCAGGCAUGCGCUGACGCUGAGAGACCACAGAGAUGACAGGAGAUCCACAUCCCUGGAGGUGUCCGUGACAGCCCACGAGUGUGUAUCUGAUGCGCAGAGCGGCAGACUCAGCUCCACGUCGGUGUGCACGAGGAGGCAGAGGCGCUCCCAGAGCAUCCCCACAGAACUGGCAGCCCCAUCCAGCAGCCCGCACGCUGAAAGGCCCGCACGAUGCACUCACAGCCCGCAGGCAGGAGCUGCAAAUCAGCCUGACGUUAUGGAUUCCAGACAGAGGAGAGCUUCAGACGGGCUCCUUAGUGCUGUCAAGUCAACUUCAUCAUCCUCAGGCCCGUCCAGAGGACAGCUGCCUCCUCUGCUCUUCUAUAAGACAGAGCCAGAUCAUCCUGUCAUAUAUGUGAAUGUAGAGUCCGAUCAUGAAGCCAAGGAGAAGUGCAGAGUGUCCAGAAGAGUCCAGAGCAGCAACGACGACGCUGUGAAGGACUCAGGAAGACCCAGGGUUCCAGUGGUUUGCUUAGAGAGGCUCAAAAUCCUUGUGGCACAACUCCCCCCACACGGACGCCGACAGAGCGACCCCUUACCCGCCAGCGAGGCCAGCAGGGGCGAACCUCCGGCGCAGCAGAGAGGCUGGCACAGUGCAGCACCCGAAGGGGUAGCCGGAGGCUUUGAGACCAGGGGGACCACCCACUCGCUCACAGCACCGCCAUAUGCGGAGCGACGAACUUGUACUCAGCUUAAAACUCUGUCGUCCAACAGCGAUGUUCACAGCCACAACAACAGAGGGAAUCUCAGCUCCCUGGAGGCAUCCACACUGUCUUCCACCGACUCUAAAUACGCACCACAGAGUUAUUCCCCAUCGGACCUGGACUCCGACUCAGACCCCAGGUCCGUCACAGAGGAUGCUGUUGUUUGUUGCGGUGAGCCGGACCCACAGCUGGACUCUGACGACACGCAGGAGUCUGACCCAAAUACACAGUCUUCAUCCGAGGCUGAGCCAGAAUGUCUGGCAGAGGAGAAAUCAGCAGCUGCAGCCGAUUCAGAGCCCAGUUUAGAGUACGAGGCGGAGCCGGAGUCAGAUGGGGGAAGAGGAUCGGAGGACGGCCAGGAGGCGGACGCCGAUGCAGAAUCGGCCGACGCCGACACGGAGUCGGACGUCCAGCCGGAAUUCGAUCCCGGCUUUCAAGCCGAGACCGACUCCGAUGCCGCGUCCGACCAGGCCCUGGAGUCUCAGGGCUCCGUGGAGUCCGAAGUCGACGUGCAGUCCGAACCCGAACUGACGGCUGACGACCCGCAGCCGCUCCGCUCCGACCUGGAGGAGGAGUCCCACCCGGCUCCUGGUCAGAGGCAACUCCUGAUCGCAAACCCAGUGACGGAGGAGCUCCACUCCGAGCAGGACAGCGCCGAGAUGGAGAGCGAGGACUUCUGUGCCGUGUGUCUGAUUGGAGGAGACCUGCUGUGCUGCGACCGCUGCCCAAAAGUCUUCCACCUGUCAUGUCACAUCCCGCCGCUGCUCAGCUUCCCCUCAGGUGACUGGCUGUGCAGCCUGUGCAGAGAUGCAGAACAACCGGAGGUUGAGUACAACUGUGAGCACGGGAGAACGUCUGGAGAACACACAGCAGCUCGCGGACUCUCCGCCUCUGACCAGAGAAAAUGUGAGCGGCUGACUCUUCUAAUCCUCAGUAACAUUCUGAGUGCUCCCUUCCAGGAGCCCGUCAGUCCACUGGCUCGUCAUUACUACCAGAUCAUAAAGAGACCAAUGGAUCUGUCUGUGAUCAGGACCAAACUCAACAAGGGGAACAGCAGACACUAUAACUCCCCGGAUCAGUUUGUCGCCGACGUCUAUCUGAUGUUCCGCAACUGUGAAAAGUUCAAUUACCCGGACUCUGAGGUGGCCCAGGCCGGCCGCAGCCUCGAGGCGUUCUUCACCUCCAAGCUGAAGCAGGUUUUCCCAGACAGAUUUUUCCCCGCAGCCGAGGCGGAGUCCGACAGCGACGAGUACGACGAGGCCUACAGGGCGACGGAGGGCGGCUUCCCCUGGCCAGAGAGGAGGGAGCAGUGUCACCGGAAGAGGAAGAGGAGACAGUCCCUCAGGUCCAGGAGGCAUCACUUCUAACCAGACGUCGGCUGCGGCUGCAGACGUGUGGCUCGUGUGUGGAGCUACGCAGGUUUUUUUUCUACUUAGCAUAUUUUGGGAGUGCAGUAUUGUUUCCAAGCUGUAAUUUGAAAGUAGCUCUUUUGUUAAGGUAAGCAGGCACAUGACAGUGCUGCCACCUGAUGGCAGCUGGUCAUAUUGACACUUUAAACAUUGGACCCGGUACAAGAAAAUAUAUUCUUCCUCCAGACUUCAGCUGAGGAGAUGAACAUAGAAUCUGAGAAAAGGGUGUAAUCACAACUCACAUUGUUUCUGUUCCUGUAAUGUAUGGUCCAGUAGGAAGGGGACGCUGUAUUUUUUUAGUUUGCCACAUAAUAUAACUGGCUACUUGCUGCUGACGCACUGCUUACUAUUCCAUUCAUUUGUAUUAAAUCCUAAAAUAGCUCAUAUAUCCUAUUUCAUAUUUCUUUAUUGUACACAGAGGAUGCUGCAGUUGUUUAUUAUUUUCACUUUGCAUCUUUAAGUGGAAAUCUUGGGCUUUUUUUUAGGCAUCAGUCUGACUGUACACAUGACUUUAAAGCUGAUAAAUUUUGUACUUAGAUAGUCAUGUGUUCCACAUGUUUAUACAGGUGUAACGGUAUAGAAGUUUAUUUUACUAUGUGUAUCUAUAAUUGCUAAAUGAUAUGGUAUUGCAGUUUAAUGAUGUAUUUCACUAGGACCUCUCCAAAAAGCAGUUUGUUAUUCAUUUGCAUGAUGCAAGUGACUGCAGCCACUCUCGCAAUGUAAUAAUCAAAUAGUCAAUAAAGUAUCAAAUUUGCAUUUAGUCUGACGUUUAACUUUACAUUUACAUUACAGUAUGGAUCAAUUUUGUUUCUUUCAGUGUUUUAGAAAAAUGUACUCUUCUAUUGUCUAAAUAACUCAGGCUUAAUAAGGUGUAAGGUAUUGAUAUUGUUCAGUAUUGAUCUUUAUGAAAAUGUAUUUGACAAGCUGCACUGCUGAAAGAAAAUCUGCCAUUUUAUAUCGCUGUAGCACAUUCCUUGUUUUUAGAAGUACUUUGCUAGUUCCCUGCAUAUUAAUAUAAACCUUACUUGACAGCCACAGUAAUAACUUUCUCAGCCGAUUAGUGUUUGUCCAGUGUGUGUAAAGUCACUUCUUUCCAGUAAAAGUGAUGAUAAUUCCUGCUGUAUGAAGGAAAGCUGAUCAAUCCUGGUGACUGGCACGAGAGAGCAGGUUCUUUUUUCUUCCCUUUUUUUAAGCGAGCAGUCAAUAAUAAAUACAUAAAUGGAUGGUAAUAUCAAUAAAACAUCUUCCAAGGA